AUGUGCUCCUUUUCUCGGACUCCAAACUCACCAAAUCAUCAAAAAGCCAAGAUGUUGGUAUUACUGGCUGGCAUCUUUGUGGUCCACAUCGCCACCGUCAUUAUGUUAUUUGUUUCCACCAUUGCCAAUGUCUGGGUGGUUGCAGACGGAAAAAGCGCAUCAGUAGGUCUUUGGAAAAACUGUAGCGGCGGUAACUGCGAGGGACUCCUGCCAUAUGGCGAGGACGAUGCACUCAAGGCAGUGCAGGCCUUCAUGAUCCUUUCCAUCAUCUUCUCCGUCAUCUCCCUCGUGGUCUUCGUGUUCCAGCUCUUCACCAUGGAGAAGGGAAACCGCUUCUUCCUCUCGGGGGCCACCAUGCUGGUGUGCUGGCUUUGCAUUAUGGUUGGGGUGUCCAUCUACACUCAUCAUUAUGCAAAUGGUAAUGGAAGUGGAUUCAACCAAAGCCACCACGGCUAUUGCUUCAUCCUGACCUGGAUCUGCUUCUGCUUUAGCUUCAUCAUUGGCAUUCUCUACCUGGUCCUGAGAAAGAAAUAA